AAUCCUCGGAAUGUCUUGCUCAUCAAGCGGCGCAGUUUAUUGAAGGGUAGUAGGUUUUUGUCAUUGAGUGGUAAUGGAGGACGAAGUGUAAUGUGAUCGAAAUUUUUGUGGAAGGAUGAGCGGGAGGAGCGAGGUCGAUUUGUGUAAAUGAAGAUGUUGGGUUUGUAUGUUUGGGAAUCACCAUCAUGAUAGUGACGCUGUCGGGAGAUCGAAAUGCCGAGAAAAGUAAAGUCAGUAUUCUUCGAUCAGGAACUGAAUGUACGUGUGGCCCAACAGAACGUCUUCGAAAAGAAACAGAAAUCAAUGCAGAAGCGGGUUGAUUGCGUACACAGCUGUGAUGAACUUGAGAUGGCAGAAGAAGCGUCAGUUACACCAGAACCAGUUUCUGCUGGAUGCUUUGUGUUUCCUCCGCCUCCUCCGCCACAGCUUCAUCCUCGACGGCCGGUGUCAGCUUGCUCUUACUGUUACAGCAUCUCUGAUUCUGACAGCCAGUCAGAAUCUGGUCUUGGUGGACAGUCCUCUCCCAUCACAGUUCACCAUCCAUUGUUGACAUUCAGAGGGUACCAAAGUGAUGGUAGUCCAGUUGCAUUGCAUUCUCUUCCCCAUUUCCUUCCACCAAUUGGGGUAUUUUGGGAUAUUGAAAAUUGCCAGGUGCCAAAAGGCAGAUCAGCUGUUGCUGUGGCCCAGGUUAUUAGAGACAGGUUCUUCAGUGGCUAUCGUGAAGCUGAAUUCCUUGUAGUGUGUGAUGUUAAAAAAGAAAACAGUCAAGUAAUUCAGGAAUUGAAUGAUGCGCAGGUGAACUUAAUUCAUGUUGCAUCAACAUGCAAAAAUGCAGCAGACGAGAAGUUGCGCCAGUCAAUUCGCCGUUUUGCCGAUAUUCAUGGCAGUCCAGCAGCCAUCAUACUUAUUUCGGGUGACAUCAACUUUGCAGCUGACCUAAAUGAUCUGAGACAUAGGAAGAAGUUUCGUGUAAUUCUUCUGCACAACAGUUCUACUUCUGAAGCCUUGAUCCUGUGUGCUUCUGAACACUACAACUUUAACAUCUUGAUGGAAGAUCUGCCACUGCGUGGCUUUAUUAAGUCAAGUAAUAAGCCAGUGGAAGUAAUAGUUUCAAAUCUACCUGAGGACAAGGACCAAAGUCGCAUCAGGAAUCGCUUGAAACAACUCUCUGUAAACUGUGGUGGAAGAGUUGUGGCCAUUACAAAAUCCACUGCUACCAUCCGCUUCUCAACAGGUGAAUUUGCAGCAAGGGCACAGAAACGGAUGGAUGGAGAAGAUGUUUUUGGCCGUAAAAUAACUGUUGGCUAUCCAAAUAGACUUCUGGAUCGGGAUAAGAAGGAGGGAUCACCUGUGAAAACACAAUCAGUGAGGAAGCAGAAAUGCGUGUUGAGAGACGAAGCUGAGAACCAGCAAUUUGCCCACACUGCCAUUGGAUCUACCUCUUGUCAACGGUCUGCAUCUUUAUCAAGCUUCUACCAUUCUGCACCAAUAGGACAUAAUGUACUGAGCUCGGUUCCAGUCCCUGACUUCAUGUCACGAUUUCCACAAAAUGGUUGGAAGGCACUAGCCAAUGGUAACACUGUCUCAGGUGCAUUGUCAUCAGAAUUGAGUUACCCAGCACAGAAUCAGGAAAACUACUGGUAUGGGAAUGCAGUCUUCAAGAGCCCUUCAGCAGAAUGUAUUGACUUGUCAGCAAACAGCAGAGAUAAUUCAAGAAGUCAGUCUCCUCUGACAGCAGGUGCAUGGCGCAGAGUAAAGGAGUCUGCCACAGAAGAGCUGAAGAUGUUGACGGGGACAAUAAAACAUGAAGCAAAGACACGAAUCAUAACAGCCAAUGGGAAUACAGAAAAGACUCCAGAAGGUUAUCGAAGGAUCAAGGGUACUCACAGAGUGUGUGUCAGUGAUGAGAACUCCUGUAUCCAGCAGUACCAGGAACAGCAUACAACAGUAUCUUCCCACCAACCUAUUUCAAACUUCAACACAAUUUUCUCAUCCAGUGUUGGACCCUAUAGUCGACAUCAGGCGACCAUCCGAAAUAACGGUGCUACAGGAAGAAAUUGCAGAACCCCGUCUCCAUAUACAGUGUCUGGACAGGAUAUAGAAGGAAUUGCACAAAGGGGAUGGCCGGUAGUUGUACCAACACACAAUAUAACCUGCAGUGAUACUGAACGUGAGGAGCUGGAACAUUACUUCCAUCCUAUAUCAUCGUCGAAGCUGGGAACAAAUGGUUCGUUGUCAAGCAGUGUACCCUGUAGUAAUCCAAUAGUACUUCAAAUUACAAACCUCGACCAAAACAUUGAUGCCAAGGAACUGAAAAGAAUGAUCCUCUCUGUGUUCAGAGAACAUGUUAUGGUUCUUCAUGUAUCUGUGUUUGUGCAGUCAGAUGGCAACUACGCAGCUCAUGUGAAAGUGCCUUCAUUGCAAGAUGCUCAAUAUGCAAUAUCGCAGCUGCACCGACGGAAAGUUGGAUACAAACGAAUCCUCAUAUCAUAUGCCAAUAGUGGUGGUCCCAGUCCACAAUUGAUAAGGUCGCAGAUUAUUUCCUUGCUCUUAGAAGUGCCAGGACAUUGCCUGCCUUUAUUCAAGUUCCGUGAGUUGUUUGAGAGCCGCUAUCUCACAUCCAUAAGCAUGUCAGAUAUGUACAAAAUGAAGGAUGUGUGUCUGAUAUCAGAGGAUUUAUCAGGACGGAUGGUGACUCUGAAUCCAGACCACCGUAAUACCCCGUCACCAAUCUUCCCCUCGACAACACAGGAUGGCCAGUCCUUGGAACUUCCUUACUGCAUUCACCAUUCCCGUAAACCAGGACCAAACAAAGGAUGGGCUGAGCAGGAAAUGGAAGUAUUGCCAAAUGUUCGGAUUGGACUCAAAGCUUUUGCUGUACAUAUUCACAUAUUGCUUCAGACACAUAAUGGCAGUCUUCCACUGCCCAGUUUGCCAAAUUGUUAUGAAGCACAAUUUGGAACACUCGCAGUGGAUGAUACAGGUGUUCCUUUGGAACAUCUUGUGAGUUGCUUACCUGGCAUAGAGAUCUAUCAGGGAGUUGGCUGUGUCAAAUACCUGCGUGGGCUCAAGAGUAAAGGAAAUGAAGAUGUGCAAAUUGAGGACCCAGCGAAGUGUGUCAGUCCUCCUCUUGCCACUCAGUUGGCCCUGUUCAGUCGAGAGCUAGUGGAUCUACUGAAAACCUCCCCCCAUUGCCAGUUGCUCUUCAGCCGAUUCAUCCCUGCAUAUCACCACCAUUUUGGAAGACAGUGCAGAGUAGCAGAUUAUGGUUUUACCAAGCUCAUAGAUCUGAUGGAGGCUUUACCACAUAUUGUGCAAGUGAUGGGAGAAGGCAACAAAAGAGUCAUAACUCUCUCACAUCGAGCCCAAGUGCGUCGUUUUACGUCUGAUCUGCUCCGAAUUCUGAAGUCACAAGCAAGCAAACAAGUUACUGUAUCAGAGUUCCCUGUAGUCUAUCAGCGUGUUUUUAAUCGGCUGUGGGACAUUGUGGAUUAUGGAGUGUGUGAAUUUAGAGACAUGCUGGGAGAAGUGUCAGAGAACACAAUCGUUGUCUCAACACAAGAAGAUGCUGAUGUAAUAAUUUCAAUACCAAAGAGGGAACAGACACCCGAAGAAAUUGAAAAGACUAAACAGUUUGCAGGAGAGGUUGUAGAACUUCUGCGGCAUGCUCCCCAGUGCAGCAUGCUGUUCAACAAAUUCAUCCCUGCGUAUCAUCAUCAUUACGGACACCAGUGUCGAGUUGCUGAUUAUGGCUUCACAAAACUCAUUGAAUUAUUUGAAGCUAUUCCACAGGUAGCUAAGGUUGAAGAAGAUGGUGAGGGUGAACGUAAAGUGACACUCACAUUAGAGGAGCGGCUUAGAGUAUUGGCUGAACAGAUCUCAGCUCUGGUACAUAGUCGUCGCUCAUGCAUGUCGCUUUCUGCUCUCUCAGCAGCAUUUCUUCGCCAGCAUGGCUAUGCUCUCAAACCUGAGGCUUACCAGUGUUCAAGUCUGGAGGAACUAAUACAAUGCUUACAUCAUUCUCUUGCAAUCGUGCCCUCAUCAUCUGGACUUUUGGUGACAUUAGUGGAUCGUGCUAAGCUGCAUCAGUUAAGUCUCCAGGCCCGAAAAAUCCUCAUGGAACAGCCCUCUGGCAAGAUAUCUGCUGGAGAAUUUCUCCGGACCUUUUGGAAUUACUUCAACCAGACUUUUGAUAUGGAUCAAAUUGAUAAACAGCUGGCUGGAAUUAUACAGGUAACAAAACAUGGUGGAGAUACUGUUGUGGAGCUUACACCAAUACAGAUGUUUGCACGCAACAUAUACCUUUUGCUGUUCGAAUCUGAGGGUCGCCUGCCUUUGUCAGCAUUUGAGUCAGCGUACUUUCGUAUGUUUGGUAUUGCUUGCCAGCCUACACAGUUUGGACAUUCCAGUGUUAUAUCAUUGCUUCAGUCCAUACCUGAUACAGUCCUACUGCGCGGAAGAGCAAAUAAGAAAACACUAGUCUUGAACAAGAACCUGGCAUCUGUGGGGAUACCCCUUCCUGCCAACUUCAGUAAACAGUGUGGACCACAGAAUGAUGACAAUGAUCUGUCCAGUGGAGACUCUGAAGUUCAUCCAGUUGAGGCCAGUCAACUAUUAGCAUCAGAAGGACAAGGAGUAGUAGCAGGUACAGCAUUCCUGACAGAGUCAAAAGAGCAAUUGUCAGAAGCAGAGAACUCUGCUGAUAAAUUCCUGAAGAGUAUAUUGGGCAAUGGCAUGUUUGAUUCACCCAGUUCUCCGAAACCAGAGUCACAGGCUUUAUCAGAGAAGUUAUGCAGCCCUAAACACCAAUCCUCAACAUGGGGGCCUAUGUGGGGAGGUGCCAGCCCACCACAAUAUGCUCCUUACUGCCACUCAACAGCUUUCAGUGCUUAUACGGGAGGAUCCAUGUCACCAUGGCCUAAGGCUAUGAUGGUCACUCCAAAUAUCAUGUCUCCCGCAAAGAUUCUGUUGCCUUCACAUUCCAACCCUCCAUCAUUGAACUCUUCCCCAUCCUAUCAUUUUCCUUCAGGUUGUUUACCCCAUGUUAUACCACCUGAUCCCAGUGAACUUCCACUCCCACAGCUUAUUGGAUCAAGGUCGAACACAAGGGCAUCAGACGGUCCUGAGGAUGAUCAGUGGAGCCCCAAAGCAAGUGGUGAUGCAGAUAAAGAUACAGAUCACAAAAAUGGAAGAGCUAUGUCUACAGCUGGGGAUAGUCUUGACAGUUCAAAUGUUAGCAUCAAAUUGGUGGAUAGUGGACUCAGCACUCCAAACAGAACUAAGUGCAAGAGGCGCUUGGCUGCUCAGUUCAGUACUCCAAUAGAAAUGCCAUGACAGCCUCAAACCAGCAGCAUUGAAUCAAAGUACCUGAAGCAUGAGAAGCAGACAGGUGUAUUAUUUUGUAUAGCACAGAUGUGGUGUUUUAUUUUUACUGGGUAUAUAUGUAUUGUAUGUAAGUAGAUGUUGGUUGUGAAUCAUCCAUCUUAUAUAUGAAGUGACCAUUGUGCAAUGCAGUUUUGCGGCCCUAGUACAUAUUUUGUUUAUAUUACAUAGCACUUUGAAACAUUUUAUUCCCAGCAUUUAGUGCUGUGUGUGUACAGUGCACUUUGAUAAGAAUUUGCCAAUCUUUUCCUUAUAGGAGUAUUCUGUACUACUUUGAAUACAGACUACAGUAGAGUAUCCAAACUUUCAAAAUUUAAUUUUGAGUUCACAUAUUUACUUACAGUGUGUAAAUCAAAUCAUGGUUAUGUCAGGAUAAAAUCUGUACCACCACCAUAAGUCACUGGCACACAGGAACUUGGGGAGGGAGGGAGGGAUUUAUUUCCUUUGUGUAGUAGAUUUGUUUGGAAUACAGGAUUAAAUAUGAGGUAUAUUAUAAUAAUUUAUGGAGAUUGAAUUUGCUGUUGAAAUAAUUGAUGAAUAUAUUGUCUUAAAUGCCAGCAUCUUACUGUACUUUUCUUUAUAAAUGAUGAAAUGUGGAACUUCAUGCAUGUAUAUUUACUUUCUGAUAUUUACAAUUGAGAAAAGUAGCUAAAAGAGAAUCAUAACUUUCAAGCUUCAUUGUAGUUUUGCAAUUUUAGUUGAACAGUCAGUAUGCAUCAGCAGUUUUGAUAUGAAUCAAGUUUUUAUGUUUGAGAGAAUGAGAAAAUUAUAAAAAGUUAUUUCUAGUUUAAAAAAUUAGUUCUGAAUGCUGCAGGGUUGGGCACCAAGAUGUAUGUGAAGAUUCUGUUUAUAUUGAGAAAAAAUGUUGUUUUAAUCAUGGCUUCACAUUACACAAAUCUUUACAAUUUAAGCCAAGUGCUGGUAUACAGUGCAUUUCCUUUAAAUGACACAUGUAAACAUUUUCUUCAGAAUGUACAUUUAUGGUAAUUUGAUGUUCACUGCAUGAACUGGUUUUCUUGGCAGGUUCUUCUCAAGAAUGAAAGCAUAUCCAGUUUAGAAACUGGUGUACAUAGCUGGUUGAGUACAUAUACCAAUAUGCAACUUAACUUGAAAGUAUUUAAUUUGUUCUCAUGUCUGUAUGAUGUUGAUGCAUGUGAUUGUUUAAUAAUUUUGAUUAUAAUUGUAAGAGGUGAGGAUGGUUUUAUAAUUCCAAGUCAUGUAUAAUUGACAUUUAAUAUUUUAUCAAACAGGGAUAUGUCUUUAUAUACAACUUGGUAUCUUAACCUAAGGUGCAUGUAAUAGUUGUUAAGUUAUAUGAACCAGUCAUAUAGUUGAUUGUCAGUAAGUUGCAGGGAAGGACAGUAAAAUAGACAAAGAUACCAGGGAUCAUUUGUGACUGGUUUGUUUUGUUGUUGAGAUAGAGGAAAGGUGAAAGGUAGAGGGUACUUCUCAGAUUAAGGCGAAGUCCUCAAGUGCAUAACUCAAGUUAUCUUGGCCCUCAAGUGAGGUACUGAGUUUGAUCAUGUACUGAGGACACUACAAGAGAUUGUUAUGUGUUUAGUUGCAGCAAGUCUUAAAAACAAAUAUACCAUCUUGCCAUCGUGUAAAAACUGCUAAUUACAUGUAUAAAGAGUUGAGGUAUAUUUCCUUUUAAAGAAUAAGGGAGUAUUUUAAAUGGUUUUAAAAUGACAUCUAUAGUGAAUAUAGAUGUGUGCGCCUUAAUCGAUACACAGCGUAUCGAUUGGCUGUGGUAUGCAAGGAGUAAGAGGAGAGAAAUGGUUAUACACCUUUCACCUUUCUUCAAGUUGUUUAGAGUGCAUAAGAGUUUGAAUCGAAAAACUGAAUCUUAAAGGAACAUAACUAUUGUCAGGUGUAAAAAUUUCCUUCCAAGUGAUUGAACUUAAGUAUCUCGGUCACACUUUUGAUCAGUUUAAUGAACCUGGUUCCUUGCAUAAAUGUAGGCUUUAAAGAGUAAAUACACUUGGUGUCCAAAAAUUUUUAUUUUUCAAAUUGAAACCUUUGUGAUAAUUAUAGAACAGAAGAAAGUAAUCCCUUAGUUUUGUUGAAGGUGCUGUUUAAUCUAGGUUCAUAUUAUUUCUACAGUGAACAAGUGUAAAAGCAGGAUAAAAUUUAUGCAACUCUGAAAUUUGCCAUGUUAAAAUAUUACAUACUAAUAUACUGUUUUGCAUGUUUUAUAUAACAGUCAUCAGCAAAUGACCACUGUUAUAAAGAAAGAUACUGAGGCUAUGGCCUGGCACAAAUUAACUCUUUGUUAUUUUAAAUGUCUACAAUUUUCAGAUGUACAUCCUAUAUAAUACAUUUUAAUUUUGAAUACUGGCACUUUUUGUGGUCAUGAGGUAGGGGUUGUUACCUGUCUCCCAUUAAUUAUGUUCACAGAGACAGAAAACUGCCUUUCUGAUAUUUAUAUGCAAGUAAAUAUUUUUGGUGAGAAUGCUAAA